AUGGCGGUGGUGACUCUACAGGCAGGUACAGUAGGUCAGCACGGCUCGUCGCUCCCGCUGCGAAGGGGGCCUCCGGAGUCCGCGACCCAGCGUCGUCUGCCCGCUGCCGAUGACAAGAGCACCGUGCCUCGAUGGGUGCCUGCUGCAGCGGCCGACGAUCCACGACUGCGCGCGAGGCCGGCCAGGCCAGGCCUGCCAGGAACGAUGAAGGACGCGGCGACGUGCCCAGCUGCGCUUAGCUUUUGCUUAGCCUCGACGGCGAGCUGGCCAAGCGAGCGAGCGAGCGAGAUGCGGGCCGAAGCCAUCAACUUCUCCUGCUCAGGCCUGCUCUGGAUCCGACCGACCUACCUGCGGUCUUUCGCUGCCUUGGGCCGAGCCUAG